UGAACCACUUGAGGGCCAUCUUUGUUUUGGCGCGAACGUCUGAAAUGGAACAAUGCAAGGUAGAACGUAGUCUCCAUUUGGCACGUCGUCAGCAGUGUGCGUGUUUAAUUCAGGAGAUUGGGUCAAGGUUGCAAACAACACAGGUGGUCAUAAAUGCAGGCAUAUAUUACAUGCACUACUUCUACGAAGUUUUCUCUCCAGAAACUAUCAAACCGAUUUUAGUCGCAAUAGCUGCCUUUUAUUGUGCAUGCAAGACGGAGGAAUUUUCUAGGAGACUAUCUUUCUCGAUCAAGGCUGCGUAUGAUAUUUUGAAGAGACCGGCACCUGAUGAGGGGUCAGAUGCAUUCAAGAGACUCGUUCAGAAUGUUCAUGCUUUAGAGGCUACUAUUCUUAUGGCCAUUGGGUUUCACACUCUUGAAGUCAAACAACCACAUGUGCUACUCAUUAAGGCGAUUCGCGCAAAUAAAUUCCCGAAAGAAAUAGCUCAUACGAGUUACUAUGUCUGUACUAAUAUACUGCAUCUCACCACUUUAGUAUUACGACAUUCUGCAGAAGCGAUUGCUGCUGCUAGUCUUUACAUUGCGGCGAAGUGGAAUAGAACAGAUAUCCAGUCGUCAAACGGGGAUUGGUUCCAUAUUUUUUCCCCGAUGCUGACUUUUGAGGAAAUCUCUAAAAUAACAGACGAAUUCACCCUUGCUUUCCAAGAAUGCGAUUUAAAAAUCAGAGAGCAACUGCGCUGUUCGCUUCGAUCCCGAAAGUUACAAAGAGAACGAAAAGAUGAUCCUGUCAAUAAUCCUCCUCGAACUCAAGAGCCUCAGAGGAGACCAGUUCCUGAUUCUCAGCAGAAAGCUGAUUCUUGGAAAACAGAGAAAGGACCGUACGGUUCGACAAAUCCUAGUGCAGCUCAAGUCCCAUCUCAACAUCCAAAUCAUCAUGCUCGAAGUCAUGCUGGUGGCUCCCAGAAUACACAGAUGAAUCAUCACAAUCGGGUCCCACAAUCACAUGUUUAUGGGAACGAACAUUUCAAUAGAUCUCAUUCCAACCAUCCUCCAGGUCCUGGGAAUAAUGAACCAGAUCCUAAGCGUCAAAGAUUUGAUCGCCCAUACCCAAAUCAGUGUCAACGAUCACCACAACCCCACUUGCCUGGUGGACAUCAUCUCGACGGAACAGCACGUGUAAGUCGUGUGUAUGUAUGUCAGUCGUGAUAAUUUGACUUCUAUCACUUUGCUGGGAAGGUAAUGGGAUUUUAAAUAGUGUUUAAGUUUGAAGCUUUUGGUAUACUAUUUUGAUGAAUAUGAAGUAAUAACUAUGUAUGAUAACAAAAUUGUCAUUGGUUCGUUCCCUCUUUUAAUACGUUAUUUUUUGACGUUUUCCAUGACCAUCCUUAUACUGUAUAUAUACUUUUGAGUUGUGUGUCUGUUCGUUCGUUAUAACUAGUAGUAACUAGUAGUCUAUAAACGUUUUAUUGCAUGAAGUAAUGUCUCGAUGUUUCUCUUACUCUUCACAAACUCAAAUCCAUUUAAAAUUUAUAAAAGAGCUUACUUCAAAUUUAUGAUAGUCAAGAUAAGAGUAAUGCUUAAACUAAUAGUGUAAUAAUGAUGGAUAGUGGCUAGCAGACUGAUCAAUUGCAGUCUUAAGUCUCAAUGGGGAGAUACAAGCCAAAACAAUACCAAGUGAAUUUAAAUUCACCCCAUUGGACAAGCAAGUGGCUAUCAGGACUCAGUAGCUGAGUGGAUAACGUGAUGGCGUUUGAGGCGAAUGUUACUGGGUUCAAGGCCCAGAGUGAACAUCAACUCUGCGAUGCAGGUACAUCCAGCUGACGGGUCCCAAGUAGGAUGAAACGCGCGUCUUGGAUUCCACUGCUAGUCAUUAUCCAUCAUUGGUUAAAAAAACUUGUGAAUUAAGGCAAUAUCGAGGCAUACACACAGUAUGCACAUAUGCCAAUAACAGACUGAUCAAUUGCAGUCUUAAAUCUCAAUGGGAAGAUACAAGCCAAAACAAUAAUAAGUGAAUGUAAUAGUGUAAUAUUCUACAAUGUUAUAUUAAAAUUUUACGAACUCAUUAUUUAUACUCAAUGUACAAUUUUUUUCACAAGUAUUUUAAAGUAAAAAAAUUAAACCAAUAAAAUAUUUGUGUUCGAUAAUAAAUAACACAAAUUCUUGCUAUUACGAAAUAAUCUUUUUUUAUUGAUUUCAUGAGAUCUGGGGUUAACCUUUAAUAGUUUAAGUAACAAUUAAGUCAUUAUUUAUUCUCUAAACAUAUUCCAUGAUUAUUUUUCUUUCAAAGAAUAUGUCACUUUAUUUACAAUGUAAUCAAAUAGAGAAUAAGACGCUAGUAAUUGGCUUAUCAAUUAGAACCAAAAAUCUCUAUCUUUAUGACUUAAGUAUAUUCGCAAUUAGAAUUGUAAUCAAAUGAAAUUAUAUGACAAACAUGAAAAAAGUUUUUUAUCUGGUGAAAAAGUAUAAUAAUAAAAUCUUAAACCUUGAGUUUAUGUGGAUUUGAACUCAUUAGAACGUAUCUAUACUACUGAAGGAAGUGAGUAUUCAAAUUCGUGUUAACAACUGUCACUUAAAAAAUUAAAGUUACUCAAGAAUAGCUAAAACCAAUCAGUAGUUAAUAUGUUUAAUUGGCACUAUGCAACGCAGGUGAUGUUAUCUGGGGAGUAUGUUUCAAGUUUGGAAUCAUGGAGUUAAAAGUCGACUUCUAAAUCAUCCCUCCACUUUUUACUGCUCAUAUGUUUUGCAUUAAAUUUAUCAUAUUCGUGUAGAGAAUCCCAAUUUCGCGUCAUCUAUUAUACUUUUAAAAGCUGCAUAGUAUUUCCUCAUUAAUAAUUGUUAAUAUUCAGCUGAUAUAGAUUAUGAAGCCAGAGUAAGAAAGGACGAAAAAAAGAAAUGUCUUUUCACUGUCACCGUAUACGUCCCAAUAGAUGGUCACCUGGAUAUAACCGAGGGUGAGUUCCUUCACCGACGGGACUACCUUUUGUGAUAUCUGGGGACUUCAAUACGUAGGCCAGAUGUUUAAGUACGAGGAAGUUAUCCAGGAGGUUGACAAGUGCUUGUUGUUCAUAAGUCUAAUUUUGGUCAUUCACGACGCCGGAUACAGUCAUUUUCGAUAUAUCAACUUCCUUUUUUCCUUUGUAGCUCAAUCCUUUACCCAAAGAGCUCUAAUCGCAACUAGCUGCCAAUAGUGUAAAUAUCUGGAAGAUUUCUGAUCUUCUAGUAUCACUCGUCUGUGUUCUAUCUGUGAUCUAGUACGCUCUGAGUUCAUUGAGUGUCCCAAUAGUCCAAGUAUGGCGGAUUUCAGAGUAGCUCAUGCUAAUCUGCUUCACAUUAAUGUGAUAAAAAUAUAUAGUGUACAUUCACUGAUUUUUUAACAUUAAAAUUAAGUAAUUAGUUCAGUCAGGUGUUCAAGAAAAGUAUGGUCGCAACAUACACAUAUACAAUUGAUCAUUUAUGCUCAUUAUUCUUUGUCUUUGAACUCUGUAAAUAAAGUUGUGAUUUACAAGAUAAUGUACUAUUUCUACGUCUUGACUAAAAACGGUUGUUCUUGGAAUGCAUUUUGCACUUCUUAUACUAGUAAUACACCAAUUGAACAGUUUUGAUAAUCAGAAAAUAUUCAUCACAGUUGUAAUGAGAAUACUAUUUGUAGUAAUCACCAAUGUGUGUGUUGAUCAUUCCAGUGCUUCAGUUUAUUUAGUUAAUAAAUAUUUCUGUUUCAAACUCAUUUUCUGUACUAACUUGAGUAUUUUCCACACUUAUAAUAACACUAAGGUUCUAACUUUGGAAUAUUUUAUUAAUAGUAUGAUGUUCUUACGUGAAGAAAAAAAACUAGUUUUGUUGCUAUGAGAUUAUUAUUUUAAACUUCAUGGCUUCAUUUUAUUAUAUCAGUUUGUACAUAUUAGCAUCUAUUCAUCAAGCGUAAAUUACAAACUCACAUUCUAAACGGCUUAGUUGUUAAAACCCUAGAAUGGCGUUACGAUUUGGUAACCCACUCUAUCUACUGUUUGGACACGUUAACCGUAUCUCUAACUCUUAAAAAUCAGUCUAUCUAAGAGAUCACUUAGGUCUUUAACCGGUUACUGUGUUGCAUUAUUUUUGUAUUGUUUCUCAUGAUAUAUAGUUUUUUGUUCGUAGUACAUUUAUCAUACUUUUACGAAAGCUUACCUACAAAUAAAUUUAGGCAAGUCGUAUGGAGAGUUCUGUCUCUCAUUCUGGCGGUGGCGAACACAAAGUACACUAUCCAUCUGCUGAUCGUAUCCAUGGAACAGAUUACAGGAUGGCACAAUCCACUGGUUACAAUGCUGUUCCGAAUAAGCAACCUUACGGACGAGAUGAACAUGAAGACUCACGUCUUAACUCAGGGAAUCUUCGUUCUGUAAAACCAGCUGGUCAUUCACAAGGAAACACACGAGUGAAACCUGAUCUAAAUGACUAUUUUUGAAUAGUUACUGGAUUAAUAUAGUUUUACAUGGUGUUUUUUGUCGCAUUCCUAAAUUUCCGUAUACAGAUAGCGUUGUACAUAUGUCAAACUGCUUUUUUCCGUUUAAAACUAUACCUACUUGUAGUUUGUUGACUCAAAACUGUCAGUUCCCCUUUCGUAUUUGUCUAGUCUUAAGAUAAACUAAAGUCUUUCUUCUCCCAUUACUGUGUUUAUCAUUAGUGCAUGUUUUUUCUUGUUUUCGCGUAAGAAUUUUUAUAUUAAUUGCUUUUAUACGAAUGUUUGGUACUUUUGUCUAUUUCUUACUACAUUUGUGUAGCUAUUAUUGUUCAAUGUAUAUUACCAAUUUUCUUUAUAUUGCCAUUUAUUUUGUAGUACAUUGAACUAUAAAUAAUAAUUUCCGGUUACUAAUAGA